AUGGGCAAAGAUGGGCAAGAUUGGGCAAUACGGGCGUUCCACGGGCGAAAAUUUGCCCUGUCGGGCAUUGACCGCCCUUUGACCGCGCCAUGGACACGUGGACUGGCUUACUUGGAGCCCAAGAAAGUUGCUUGGAGCCAAAAUUAUGAGGAUUGGAGCCGAAGUUUCCCCUUCCACGUGUCAUCGUCCCAUUCCUGCAGCAUAUGUGUCUUCACGGGCGGGCGACAUGUGUCCCGCAAGGUGUCACCACCAGAUGACAUGCGUUUGCUUGGAGCCCAAGCUGUUCCACCUAUAAAUGCUUGGCCAAACUCGAGCCAUUUGAUGGGAGAAUGGAGAGUGAUCCGAAUGGCUGCCCGACUCAUAAAAAUCGCCCGUAAUCGAGAGAAAACUUGCCCACAAUUGAAAAACUCUGCCCGUGACUGCGAUUCUUUGACCGUGAGUGAAGAAAUCAUGUCCGUGAUCGAGAAUUCCUGCCCAUGA